UUUUGAUUGCGUCAGUGUAUGGUGCACAUACAGAUGUUACCUUAAACAACACUUGUAUGACAAGACCAUGAUAGGGCUUAAAACAAAAAGUGGCGUGAACUAAAUUAAAAGUAUUUCAACGCGCUUUACUAAAGCUCGUCGAGUGUUUUAAAUAGUUUUCCCAUGUCAAAACAAAGGCCGGCUGAUGAUUUUUAUGUAUUGGCUAGUAUAUUUAGUAUAGUUUUUGCCAAAUGCUUUUGGAUUUUUUACAACCUAGUAUUUUGGCAUUAUUUAUGCACGGUCACAUUGCAAAGUAGUGUUUAACUUGUGUGUGUGUGUGCAAGGCAGGGGAAAAAGUCGCUCCAUUUUUCUCGUGCUCUCUUGCGUACGUUUGGCUUUGCUAUACAAUUAGAUGGCGAAUCGUAUAAAUAUUAAAAUAGUGUUUGCCUGACUUUUAUGUAGGAAGCAAACACACAAAUCCACAAAAACGCGCCGCAUAAUAAGUGUAAAAUCGCAUACAUAUACCCGACUAUAGAAAUUGGCCAAUCGCUGGUCUGCGUGUGUGUGUGUAACUGUGUAUGUGCGCGCGUGUGUGUAAGUGAGCAAUGAAAAAUGAGGCGUAGGUGAGGAAUAUGUGUGCAAAAUUGUCGAAAAGCCUGUUAUGACAUGCUAAUCGCAGGGUCGGCCAUAAGGUGUACAUUCAACAGCGCUACCAUCCCACAAAAAGAGGCAAAUAAACAUAUUUUCAAUGUGCGCGCGCCAAAUGACAGCUGACGAUCGGUUAAAUAGAAUUCGACUAUAAGUUAAACAAGAAAGAAAAGAUCAAGAUCAGAUAAAUUAAACAAGAAACUAUUGUUGUUAGUUGUCGUAGGCGUGUACGUCAACCAUAAUUUACAAAAAUUGUUAGAAAUUUGUGGGGAAAAUGUGCAAAAGUGUGUUUUUUAAAUUGUUAGCCAAAAUUAUUUGUUUACCUAGUACUACAUAGAACGUAACUGCCUUUCUUUAUCCAACAAGAGCAACAAUAAUAACAAAGAUAUUUCGACGCACCGGACAAGCGAGCGAGCACUUAAAUUAAGAUAAACAGUAAAUAUAUAAUACAGCUGCAUUCAACAAUAGCCAACAACAACAACAAUAUUUAACAAAUAACAAAUCACCAAGGAAAUGCUCAAAUUGAAUACCUAAAUGUCAAGCGACAGCAGCACUGAUGCGACAGCAACAAAUAACAACAACAGAUCAACAAAAGCAACUGUAAGCUAACAGAAGAACAACAGAAGGGAGCAGUAGUAGGGUAGUUGCGAACUUGUGUCUAGAGAAGAGAGUGGAGCGAAAGAGAGAGGUAGAGAGUGGCGACUGAAGAGUGUAUUGCAACAGAUCAACAGAGCAAUUGGCUUGCCGUAUGCAUUGGACGCAUGCGCGGCAUGCGUGGAUGUUAAGUGAGUGUGUGUGCGUGUGCCAGUGUGUGCGUGCGUGCGUGUGUAUGUGUGCACGCACAACAUAGCGGCAGCAGCAACAGCGGCAGCAACAAAAACUAACAUCUAAAACAACAACCGAUCAACAAUAAAGUCCACACAUUCAACAGUUUGAACGGAAAAUUUGGAACAGCAAUUUCGCAUUUCUACAACGUUUUGGAUCAAUCUUAUCAACAAUCAUUAGCUGUUGCUAUUAGUUUCGUAUAUAUAUAUUUAUUUAUAUAUAUUAUCUUUGGAAAUUCUGUGGAAAGUGAUUGAAGGAAACUUGCAACUGCUACAACAACAACAGCAACAACGUCAACAUCAACAAGAACAGCAGCAAUAAUUAUAAUAAUAAUUACAGUAUGCAGCGACGCGAACGACAAGCGAGAUUUGAUUUCAUUCAGCGUUGGCUAAACGUGCUUGUUAGGACAUUGCGUCAGUGGUAUGCAAAGCUCACGCAAAUCCCUCUUGCUUUAAAUCUUCGAAAAUCUGGCGGCGGUCCACAGACAACAACUGCCGGUCCAUCCGCUGGUAAUGUAGCAAAUGCUACCAUUGCCGGUGGAAAGAGCACAAGCAAUAACAUGUAUUCCACCCGCCAAUCUGUAAGCACCACAACCGGUGUGCUCAUGGUCGGACCAAAUUUUCGUGUCGGUAAAAAAAUUGGCUGUGGUAACUUUGGCGAAUUGCGUUUAGGUCGACGCAUGUGUUGCUUUGGAGCUGCUUCUGGUGGUGGGCGUGGCGCUGAUAAUGUUACAGGAAAAAAUCUUUACAACAAUGAACAUGUAGCAAUAAAAAUGGAGCCUAUGAAGUCGAAGGCUCCACAACUACACUUAGAGUAUAGGUUUUAUAAGCUAUUAGGAUCACAUGCAGAGGGUGUACCAGAAGUAUAUUACUUCGGCCCAUGCGGCAAGUACAAUGCUCUUGUUAUGGAAUUGCUUGGUCCAUCACUCGAAGAUUUGUUCGAUAUUUGCGGCAGACGUUUCACUUUGAAGAGCGUACUACUGAUAGCUAUACAAUUACUCCACCGGAUCGAAUAUGUUCAUAGUCGGCACUUAAUUUAUAGAGAUGUAAAACCAGAGAAUUUUCUCAUUGGCAGAACAUCAACAAAACGUGAAAAAAUUAUACACAUAAUUGAUUUCGGUUUGGCCAAAGAAUAUAUUGAUUUAGAUACAAACAGACAUAUACCAUAUCGGGAGCAUAAAUCCCUGACGGGCACCGCUCGCUAUAUGUCGAUCAACACGCAUAUGGGGCGCGAGCAGUCGAGGCGCGACGAUCUGGAGGCUCUGGGUCAUAUGUUUAUGUACUUCUUAAGAGGAUCACUGCCCUGGCAAGGCCUUAAGGCUGAUACACUCAAAGAGAGAUAUCAAAAAAUCGGUGAUACAAAACGUGCAACACCUAUAGAGGUACUUUGUGACGGCCACCCUGAAGAGUUUGCAACAUACUUGCGUUAUGUGCGGCGGUUAGAUUUUUUCGAAACACCCGACUAUGAUUUUCUGCGAAGACUGUUUCAAGACUUAUUCGAACGUAAGGGCUAUACCGACGAGGGCGAAUUUGACUGGACAGGGAAAACCAUGACCAAGGAUCAGCUGGAGCAAAUGAAGGUUAUUAAAAAUGCGCCGCCAUCGUAUUUGGCCAAGAAUAAAUCCGAUAAGUCAACGCCCGUCGGAUCUCUGCAAACUGGCCAUGAAGUCAUCAUUUCACCAAAUAAAGAUCGUCAUAAUGUUACGGCUAAGACAAAUGCCAAAGGAGGUGUUGCUGCGUGGCCGGACGUGCCCAAGCCGGGUGCGACCCUUGGCAAUCUGACACCCGCCGAUCGGCAUGGUUCAGUGCAGGUUGUGAGUUCGACAAACGGCGAACUGAAUGCGGACGAUCCCACGGCCGGACACUCUAAUACGCCCAUCACCCAGCAGCCGGAAGUAGAGCUUGUCGAUGAAACAAAUGGUUCCUUAUAUUCCAGAUGUUGUUGUUUCUUUAAACGAAAGAAGAAGAAAUCAACGCGCCAAAAAUGACUAGAAGGUGUACAAUGUAGUCCAGAACGCGAGGCAGUCACAUUGCUGCGCGCCACUUCACAUUCAAACUCACGGGAUAGCGUAUUGAAUAAUCCGAGUCAGGAUUACAUCCAACAGGCAACGUCGCAGCACACGUUGCGUUAUCCUCCAUCCGCGUCGAUGUUGACGCCAACACCAACUACAAAUACACCGACACUUCCGUUGUAAUUUAUAUAAAUACAGAAACCAG